CCUAUGAUAGCCUGUAGGUACCUUUUCUAUAUGGUGUGUUAUGAUGAAGCCUGUGGAAGAAUCCUAACAUCAGUUCCCCUUUCUACUCCGUAUUGGGUCUUCGACAUGGAAUGUAGAAAACACAGGCCGGCCCAAGGGAAGAUUGACUCCAACCAGGUUUUCCCCAUCUUUGAAACGAGCGGGUUUCGCCCAUAAAUUUCCUUUAGAGGUCACUGCACGAGCCCGGGGCACGCAAUUAUCGAUCUACCUAUUCGGUCUUUCCUUUAGAGGUUAUCAGCGCGUAGUCACAUUAUCGGUAAUGAUGGUUCACAUGACAAGGAGCAAGGAAGCGAGAAUGAGUGGGUCGAUGUUGCAGGCCGUCUUCGCCGUUCCUAAAAGGAUCGGAGCUCCGCGCUAAACCUUUAGAAGCGAAGCCUUUCAUCAACUCCCCAACUCACAAUCGCUAAGGGGAGUUGUACGCGAAGAAGUACCGGCCUCGUCGUCAUCAAGCGGAUCGGGUCCCAACACUAAACCUCUGGAGUUGAACACCUCCGACGCAACUUACCGCCACCAUCCCGAGUUCCAAGGAAGCGCAAAACGCCUUGGCUCUAGAUGGAGAACUCGUAAAGGAUAUCGAAUGUUUUCGUAGAGUCUAGCAAGAGCACUCUGCAAGAGUGUCGCCGUAAACCUUCCUACCUUUACUAUUUCCUACCUUGCUAAGCAUCAUGGCGACCAUGAUUCACCCCUUUGAUCCUCUGCGGCCCGAGGAGAUCACUAAGGCUGUGGAGUGCGUGCGGUCCGUGUUUCAUUUGCAGGGUAUGAAUUUUCGAGUUGUCACCCUCAAAGAACCACCGAAAAAUAUCAUGAUGGAAUUUCUCGAUCGCGAACACCGAAAGCAACCUAUAGGCCAAGCUCCUAUUCGUUGCGCGCGCGUGGAGGUUAUCGUGAGGAACCGGUCUGGCAAGAAUAAGCUCUGGGAGCUUCUUGUUGACCUCGACCAUGAUAAGGUAAUGGGGAAGAAACAGCUCGAAGGCAAACAUUCCUAUAUUGAUUCUGGUUAUAUGAGAGAAGUCGAAGCUGCCUGUCUCGCCGAUGAACAGGUACAGGAUGAAAUUCGUAAAUUGCGUCUUCCUCCGGGAUCGACUGCCAUCGUCGAACCUUGGGCAUAUGCUACAGAUGGAAUGAAUGACAUGACAGAGCGGGUCACCAUGUGUUGGUUCUAUUGUCGCCAUAUAGACCACCCAGAUGCUAACUACUAUGCCUAUCCGCUCGAUGUUUGCGCAGAAGUGUCUGAACAGCUCAAGGUUACCCGAGUCUACCGCCUUCCCGGUGCCGCAGAGGAAAGAAUCAAUAACGAAGAUCGCUCUUAUGAUCGCCGAAAGAUACACGAAACGUCCGCCAGCGAAUAUCACCCAGACUUAAGACCGAACCCUCGAACUACAACCAAGCCUUAUCAGGUGGUUCAGCCUGAGGGUCCGUCCUUUAAAACAAGGGGAAAUCAUCUGACAUGGGAGAAAUGGAGUUUUCGCGUCGGGUUUAACUAUCGAGAGGGACUGACCCUUCAUGACAUCCGUUAUGAUGGUCGGAGCCUAUUCUACCGUCUCUCGCUUGCGGAAAUGUUUGUUCCUUAUGGUGACCCACGUGCUCCAUAUCCACGCAAGGCCGCCUUCGAUCUUGGCAACGAUGGUGCUGGAAUCAAUGCCAAUAACCUCAAGUUAGGUUGUGAUUGCCUCGGAACCAUUAAAUAUUUCGACGCUUGGCACAACACUCAAUUUGGAGAGCCCCUGAAAUUACCUAAUAUCAUUUGCUGCCAUGAACAAGAUGAUGGCAUUUUAUGGAAGCACGCCAAUUUCCGUACGCGUAACGCGGUGGUUACCCGAUCCCGAAUUCUCGUUUUACAAACAAUCAUCACCGUCAGCAACUACGAGUAUAUCUUCGCUUUCCAAUUUUGCCAGGACGCAUCCAUCUUCUAUGAGAUUCGCGCUACGGGUAUCUUAUCUACUGUACCCCAUAAUAUUGAUCAAAAGGGCGAUAUUCCUUAUGGUACUGUGGUUGCGCCUGGUGUUAUGGCACCGUACCAUCAACAUCUUUUCAGUCUCCGAAUCGACCCAGCUAUUGAUGGGAGAAACAAUACCCUCGCGAUAGAAGAGUCGAAAUCUAUGCCAAUUGGGGAUCCUGCGAUUCAUAACCCGUUCGGCGUAGGAUACUACACAGAGCACCGUUUUGUAGAGCAAGAAGGAGGGCUCGACCUUGAUGUCAGCAAGGCACGGGUCUUUAAAUUCUUGAACGAAAACAAAAUCAACCCCAUCACUGGAACACCUGUUGGAUAUAAACUUCUUGCUCACCCUAGUCAAAUGUUGCUGUCCCAUCCAGACUCGUUCCAUGCGAAACGGUCUGAGUUUUGCCAACAUGCUGUCUGGGUUACUCGAUACGAAGACGAUGACCACUUCCCUGCGGGUCGAUAUACAAUGCAGUCUACAGGGGGCGACGGAAUUGCUUCAGCAAUCCAGAAGCGCGACGCAUAUGGAGCUGCGCAGUCAGUUAGGAACUCGGACAUCGUCGUUUGGCACACAUUUGGAAUGACACACAAUCCCCGUAUUGAAGAUUGGCCAGUUAUGCCUAAUGAAAAGAUUACGGUUGGUCUCAAACCCGUAAACUUCUUCACGGGUAACCCUGGCAUAGAUGUUCCUGUGUCUACCCAAGAAAAUAACAAGAGCGUCUUAUACAAUGGAGAGGCAGAAGAUAUCGGAGGUGUAUGCUGCGGGUCUUGCCUCUAAUUGAUAGGUACACUUAUAGACUUCCAAAUAAAUAAUCAACUCAAUGCGAUUUGUUGCAAUCUCUAUAGGAUCGUGAUUGAUUAGUUGUCCAUUAACCAUCACCAAGCC